UCUAGUAUAUAUAUUUCUCCACACAGCCUAGUUUGGUCUUCAACCCAGUUUACCAAUUGGGACAACCACUGCGUCCGUGCAAAUGAACAUCCUAUGUUGGUGUGACGUGGUUUGUAUUAAGUGAAAGGAAGUGAGCGCAGUGGGGACAACAAUUGGGUCGAGGCGACUGCACUAUCAUGUCUGAAUAAUAGAAGCUAAUGCUGGCUUUCGAAUGGUAUAGGAUCCCAGGCUCUGAAGGCUCUCAAAGAAGCUGGUGUGGAAUCUGUUUUGAUCAACCCUAAUAUUGCAACGAUUCAGACCGAUCACAAGCUUGCAGAUGAAGUCUAUUACCUCCCCGUUACUCCGGAAUAUGUGACAUACGUCAUUGAGAGGGAACGACCCGAUGCUAUCUUCCUUUCCUUUGGUGGACAGACCGCCCUGAAUUUGGGUGUGCAGAUGAACCGUAUGGGUAUCUUUGAACGUUACGGCGUGAGAGUCUUGGGAACGAGCAUCAAGACUCUGGAGACUAGCGAGGAUCGUGAUCUUUUCGCCAAGGCACUGAACGAGAUUAACAUUCCCAUCGCUGAAUCCAUUGCCGUCAAUACUGUUGAUGAGGCUCUCAAGGCCGCAGAGGAAGUUGGUUACCCCAUUAUCGUCCGUUCUGCAUAUGCACUUGGUGGUCUGGGUUCUGGAUUUGCCAACAACCCCGAGGAACUGAGGAACUUAGCGUCCCGCUCCUUGACCCUUGCUCCCCAGAUUCUGGUUGAGAAGUCUCUCCGAGGCUGGAAGGAGGUUGAGUAUGAAGUUGUUCGUGAUGCUGACAACAACUGUAUCACUGUCUGCAAUAUGGAGAACUUUGACCCCCUCGGUAUCCACACUGGUGACAGUAUCGUUGUUGCUCCCAGUCAGACGUUGUCCGACGAGGAGUACCACAUGCUUCGCACAGCUGCUAUUAAGAUCGUCCGUCACUUGGGUGUCGUUGGUGAAUGUAACGUGCAGUAUGCCUUGCAACCCGAUGGUCUGGACUACCGUGUGAUUGAAGUCAACGCUCGUCUCUCCCGUUCUUCGGCUUUGGCAUCCAAGGCCACCGGUUACCCUCUCGCCUACACUGCUGCAAAGAUUGGUCUGGGCCAUACUUUGCCUGAGCUUCCCAAUGCCGUGACAAAGACUACUACCGCCAACUUUGAGCCUAGCUUGGAUUACAUUGUUACCAAGAUCCCCCGGUGGGAUUUGAGCAAGUUCCAGCACGUCAACCGGGACAUUGGAAGUGCUAUGAAGUCGGUCGGUGAGGUCAUGGCCAUUGGUCGUACCUUUGAAGAGUCCUUCCAGAAGGCUAUUCGCCAGGUAGACCCUCGGUUCCUUGGUUUCCAGGGCGAUAAGUUUGAGAACCUGGAUGACGUCUUAAAGAACCCUACCGAUCGCCGCUGGUUGGCCGUCGGUCAGGCUAUGCUCCACGAGAACUACUCUGUGGACAAGGUACAUGAGCUGACCAAGAUCGACAAGUGGUUCUUGUACAAGCUACAGAACAUCGUUGACUGCCAGAAUGAGCUUAAGGAAAUUGGCAGCCUCUUCGGCAUCCAAAAGGAGACCAUGCUUAAAGCGAAGAAGCUUGGUUUCUCUGACAAGCAGAUCUCCCUCCUUGUCGGAUCGUCUGAGGACGAGGUUCGUGCUCGCAGAAAGAGCUUCGAUAUCACCCCAUGGGUGAAGAAGAUCGAUACUCUUGCUGCUGAGUUCCCUGCGGAUACCAACUACCUGUAUACUACCUAUAACGCCACUUCCCAUGACGUUACUUUUGAUGACCAUGGAGUUAUUAUUUUGGGAAGCGGUGUCUACCGUAUUGGAAGCUCCGUUGAGUUUGACUGGUGUGCGGUUAACGCCACUCUUUCUCUCAGGAACAUGGGCAAGAAGACUGUCAUGAUCAACUACAACCCUGAGACCUACUCUACUGACUUCGACACUGCUGACAAGCUCUACUUUGAAGAACUCAGCUACGAGCGUGUCAUGGACAUCUACGAGCUUGAGGCUGCCAGUGGCGUUGUUGUGUCUGUCGGUGGUCAGCUGCCCCAGAACAUUGCUCUUCGUCUGCAGGAGACUGGUGGCGCCCACGUCCUUGGUACCAACCCUGUUGAUAUUGACAAGGCUGAGGAUCGUCACAAGUUCUCCCAAAUCCUGGAUAGCAUUGGUGUUGACCAGCCUGCUUGGAAGGAGCUUACGUCAGUUGCUGAUGCAGAGCGUUUCGCCGAGUCCGUUGGUUACCCCGUCCUGGUUCGCCCUAGUUACGUCCUGUCUGGUGCUGCCAUGAACGUCAUCUACAGCCAGGAUGAGCUCAAGGAAAAACUCCUUAAUGCUAGCGCUGUCUCUCCUGACCAUCCCGUCGUCAUCACCAAGUUCAUCGAAGGUGCUCAGGAAAUUGAUGUUGAUGCCGUCGCUUCGAAUGGCAAGCUUCUGUUGCAUGCCGUCAGUGAGCACGUUGAGCCAGCCGGUGUUCACUCUGGUGACGCCACUCUUGUUCUCCCCCCAGCUUAUCUUGAUGAGUCGGUUAUGGGCCGUGUCAAGGAGAUUGCCGAGAAGGUUGCUAAGGCCUGGAACAUCACCGGUCCUUUCAACAUGCAGAUCAUCAAGGCUGACCAGGAAGGUGCUCAGCCUGAGUUGAAGGUCAUUGAGUGCAACCUUCGUGCCUCCCGUUCCUUCCCAUUCGUCAGCAAGGUUUUGGGCACCAACUUCAUUGACAUUGCCACCAAGGCACUUGUUGGCCGUGACGUUCCUGAGCCUGUGGACCUUAUGGCAGAAAAGCGUGACUACGUCGCUACCAAGGUCCCUCAGUUCAGCUGGACCCGUCUUGCUGGUGCUGACCCAUUCCUUGGCGUCGAGAUGUCCAGUACCGGUGAAAUUGCCUGCUUUGGCAAAGACUUGGUUGACGCCUACUGGGCAUCUCUCCAGUCCACCAUGAACUUCCGUGUGCCCGAACCUGGUGAGGGCAUCCUUCUUGGUGGAGACAUCAAGAACCCUGCUUUGGCCAAGAUCGUUGAAUAUCUUCAGCCUUUGGGUUACAACUUCUUCGCUGCUAGCUCUGCUGUUAAGGCUCAUAUCGAGUCUACCGCUAAGGAGGAUGUUUCCGUACAGGUCAUUGAAUUCCCUAAGAAGGAUAAGCGUGCGCUACGCGAGGUCUUCCAGAAGUAUAACAUCCGUGGUACUUUCAACCUUGCUAAGACCCGGGGCAAGACCCUGCUUGAUGAGGACUAUGUUAUGAGGCGCAACGCCGUUGACUUCGGUGUUCCUCUGUUUAUGGAGACUAAGACUGCUCUCCUCUUCGCCCAGGCCAUGAGCGAGAAGCUGCCCCGUUCCGAGGGUAUUCCUUCUGAGGUCCGCAGCUGGUCCCAAUUCGCCGGCGGCAAGCUGCUGUAAACCAGCAUCUACAACAGCGUUCAAAAACAAAAGUUUUGUCGACAUAAUAAUCCCCUGAUUUUGUUUUAUUUUCGAGGCACGGAAAAGCCGUUUGGCGUAGCGGAUAAGGCUCAACAUUGAUAGACUUUUUAUUUUGCCUUGACAUUGGGCUCUCUAGGCUGCCUUUGCCGGGAAAUGCGGCCAUGGUGGAACCUCUUUGUUUCUAUUUGUUCUUGUUACCCAUUUAUGAUUCUUUCCAGUAGG